AUGUCGGCCAACUUCCUGCACAUGCUGGAAAACAUGCAGAAGCGGUCCAACCGCACCAUAGAGGAUCUUCGAGACUCGGAUGACCAGCUCGCAGGCAUGGACGGCAUGGAACUCCGGGGAUGGGCGCAAGCCAAUCCCACGGCGCCGAGCCGCGAUCUCAAAGACCCUGUCGGCCAGACUCUGCUCGCCGCCUUCAACGGCGAGUUUGACGCGCUAAAGAACUACUGCGAGAUGAUGAUCAAGCAGCUCGGCGGCGACGAUACUGCCCGCGAGACCGUCAGACAAGACGUAUAUUCCAAGCACUGGGGUCCCACCAGAACCCCCAUCUACGCAAUGCUGCUACCUGCACUACACAUGCUGCCUGCGAACAAGCAGGAGCUCCUCGGCAUUGCAAAGUACCUAGUCAACGACCUCAAGGUGCCUGUUGACGGCAGGGACGUGCUGGGGUCGACGGCGCUGUUCUGGGCCAUAUCCACCAAGCCCUAUGUGCAGCCUGAAUACGCGCAGCUCCUCUUCGACGCGGGCGGCUCGGUAAACGCGAAAAACAGAUUCAAUGCUACGGCUGCGAGUGAAAUUGCUCAGGCAGAUAUCCACGGCGACACGACCAAGAACGUGCAGAUGAUGAAGUGGUAUGUGCAGCAUGGCGGCGAUGUCGAUAACAAAGAUACAGAUGGUAUGAGCGUCAAGAUUCUCGUUGAAAUGAUGCGGAAAAAGGUGCCGGAUAUGGCGCGAGUUAUUCAGGAGGGCAGGGGAGAGAGAAAGGAGGGCGAGUGUGCGACGUGUGGGAGGGCAAUGAUGCGCCUGGAUCCCAACGGCUCGGCAUCUACGUUUCCCAAGCGGGCAGCCCUGCCACACAGCGCGGGGACGCCUCCAGGAAACGCGUGGUUCUGGGGCGGCGGCGACGAGCUAGGGAGAUUGAACUUGCUUACACCGCAACGAACGCUGAAGACGGUACAGGAAAGCGUGCAAACGGGGGAGUCUAUUUCGCUGGACCUUCCGCUGAACGAGCCGAGUCCCACGUUGUUUGGGCGGCAGCCGCUGCAGCAUCGCAUACGGCCGAUUGGCAAGGGGGCUUACGACGACGAGGUGUCGUAUAAUACGCAGAGCAGCAGCCAGUGGGACGGGUUCCGCCAUUUUGCGCACCCUGUGUAUGAGUGCCACUACAAUGGCGUCGUGUCAGACGACAUCAUGGGCAGUGUGGAGCAGGAUGGCGGCAAGGAUGCGCCUGGGCGAUCGAGAAAGCUCGGCAUCGAUGCGUGGGCCAAGAAGGGCAUCAUCGGUCGUGGUGUGCUCCUUGAUGUCUACGCUUGGGCGAGAAAACAGGACAAAGAGUACGACACGUUUGCCGCACAUGCUAUUACAACAGAGGACCUACAGGCGUGCGCAAAGAGCCAGGGAACGGAGCUGAGGACGGCGGAUAUCCUGUUGGUGCGGACGGGGUGGCUAGCGACGUACAACGCCUUGUCGGCGGCGCAAAAGUCUGAGCGCAGCAAGUUAGCAGUUCACGAGCAUUUCUACGCCGGGCUUGCUGCAGACGACGCAAUGAAGGACUUUCUGCACGACGGCUACUUCGCCGCGGCCGCCACCGACAAUGCGAAUUUCGAGGUUUGGCCCCCCGAGAGCUUCGAAGCGAGCUUGCAUGCCUGCAUGCUUAGUCUAUGGGGCAUGCCGAUUGGCGAGCUGUGGGACUUUGAGGGGCUAGCAAAGAGAUGCGAGAGCGAGCAACGACGGUCCUUCUUGCUCGUCAGUAAGCCGGGGGAUGUACCAGGGGGCGUGGGUAGUGCUCCCAACGCAGUAGCGAUCUUUUGAUCAAGGGGGCCAGGGCUCUCGUGAACCGGCGGGUUCUAGUAAGCACGUAAGGCUCAUAAAGCUGCUUUGACCAGUUCUUGGGCACGUGUAGGCGAUACCUCAUGUGGACUUUGUGGACCGCAAGUUGGGUUUUUGUCUACUUGCCAUGCAAGUACAGGUGUAGUACUAUGAGGCCAGACUCACCGUAGAUUCUCCUUAGGUGUCGUUCUAUU